CCUCAAUAUCCCUCCAGCCGCUCUGGCCGCUCUGCGCGCUCACAAUGCUUCGACUACGAUCCAUAUUGUCCCGCUGUACUGUCACCAACAGCUGCCCUGUUGCUUAUACUGUUCGUUAUCUUCACAGUAGCCGCCAUUGGAGAUGUCCCCCCCAUACCUCGGCUCCCGAGGCCAUGGCUAUGCCGUGCCAUUUCCGUCUCUUCUUCUGCAGAACUCUAAUUGUUCAAACAGCCCCCAGUCUGGUGAGAAUAGAGAAGCUCUCCAGUUCCGAUUCAGGGAUUGUGGAUUUGAAGUUGGAGAGAGCCGAGGCCAAGAACGCGAUCAGUAAGGAGAUGCUGAAGGGAUUGCAGAACGCGAUAGUGGAGAUUGAUAGAGACUCGUCGGCUAAGGUCGUUCUUGUCAGCAGCUCUAUUCCUAGGGUGUUCUGCGCUGGUGCUGAUCUCAAGGAGCGCAGACUGAUGAAUACUUCAGAAGUUGAGCAUUUUGUUAACUCUCUGCGUUCAACGUUCUCUUCUCUAGAGGCUCUAUCUGUUCCUACUAUUGCUGUUAUUGAAGGAGCAGCAUUGGGUGGUGGGCUAGAAAUGGCUCUUUCGUGUGAUCUUCGAAUAUGCGGGGAGGAUGCUGUAUUUUGCAUGCCGGAAACUGGACUUGCAAUAAUUCCCGGAGCUGGCGGAACCCAACGUCUUCCUAGGAUUGUUGGAAGAUCCUUAGCGAAAGAACUUAUAUACACUGCUCGGAGAUUUGGUGGACGGGAAGCUUUGACUAUGGGCCUUGCGAAUUACUGCGUUCAAGCGGGAGAAGCCUAUUCCAAGGCUCUUCAAAUUGCCAGAGACAUAAAUGAAAAGGGUCCACUGGCUAUAAAGAUGGCUAAAAAGGCUAUUGAUGAAGGAAUGCUACAGGGGGAUUUAUCUUCAGCAAUGUCAGUUGAGAGAGAAUGCUAUGAGAAGCUUCUUUACUCGCAGGAUCGCCUUGAAGGAUUAGCAGCAUUUGCUGAAAAGCGAAAACCUAUAUAUGCUGGCAAAUAAUAAGGACCCUGUAAACCCUACGAGAUCAGACUCAAGGGAGAUUAGAGGUACAGAUAAAUGAGUUCAUUCACUCAUCUCAUUCUUAAAAAUAAAU